UUAGGCGUGAGUGCGUAAUGCCUGCAAAAAGAGUCUAACACGUCAUCACGUAACUGAACAGUUUUUUUUGGUGAGGGGAAGGAAAAUAGACGAGACAAAUCGCAACAUCGUCAGUCGCUACGUCUAGCCGAGUAAUUUGGACACCAUUACAUGAAUUCGUGUCGUAUAACAAAUUGACAUAACAACCGGAGACGGUAAGUGAGAAUAACCAACAGUACUCCCGAUGAGAAAGCAGUAUUAGCAGAAUCGACAUAGUUCCAAGGAUGGCUAGCUGUGGCGAGGUUGACCACACCGUGAGCUCGCUCCCAUCCAGUAAGAAAGGUGGAGGCAGCGGAGAGUCCUGCUCCGGCUCCAGCGGCUCCUCUCCGGCCCUACCUGUGCCGGAGUGUGCCAUCUGUCUCCAGAGCUGUGUCCACCCCGUCCAGCUGCCCUGCCGACACGUGUUCUGCUUCCUGUGUGUGAAGGGCGCAUCCUGGCAGAGCAAGAGAUGCGCCCUCUGCAGGCAGGAGGUCCCGGAGGACUUUCUGGAGCGUCCCACACUGCUGUCACCUGAGGAGCUAAAGGCAUCGGCGGGGGGGAGAGGAGCAGCUGGGGACCACGCCUGGUACUACGAAGGCAGGAACGGCUGGUGGCAGUAUGAUGAGCGCACCAGUCGUGAGCUGGAGGAUGCCUUCUCCAAAGGCAAAAAGACAGCGGAAAUGCUGAUCGCUGGCUUCCUGUACGUGGCCGACCUGGAAAACAUGGUGCAGUACCGCCGCAAUGAGCACGGCCGCCGUCGCAAGAUCAAGAGGGACGUUAUGGACAUACCAAAGAAGGGAGUUGCGGGACUGCGUCUGGACACAGAAGCCGGGGCGGCCGGGGGGCGAGAUAACUCUGUGGAUGGGACUGAUGUUGCUGGGGGGCAGCAGGGCCCGUCCACCGCCCCUGCUCCUGCCCGGCCCCCUACCUCCCUGGGGGGUCAGCCCGGAAGCCCCAGCUCCUCCCUGGAGGAUGCCUUCGCCCAGUUACACCUCAGCCCCACCGAGGCACCCGAGAGGGCCGAGGCGGGGGAGGGAGAGGAGGAGGAAGAGGGGGAAGCCUCUCCCUCUAGGUCUUCAGGCCCUCUCACCUCUGUAGAUGAGUCUGGUUCCGGGGUCUGGAGUGAUGAUGAGGAGGAAGAGGAAGGGGAUGGGGAAUGUGUGGAGCCCAGAGAAGAGAGGCAGACCAGGCAAAGACGGAACCCAGAAGACAGGGCUCCUCCUGGGGCAGAGGCCCCCUCUUCAUCCUCCAGUGUGAGGUCCAGGAGGCCUGAUGGACAGUGUACAGUGACUGAAGUGUGAACUGACUUAAAACUCUGCACUGGGUUGACUUUAACGCUCCCUCAGCAAACCUAGGAACUCCAAAACAGGUUCCCUUAGUGCAAGCCGUAAAAUCAACAAACUCUUAAGAUGCUCCCUAUUGUCUUUGAUUGUGAUAAUAAACACCAACUCCAAGUUGAUCUCUAUAACCAAGUAUACUGAUGGGCUUUGGAUUGAAGUAAAGUCUCCCAUAAUUGAACUUGUUGCAUAACUUUUGAAUUAUUGUUAUUAGGUGUAAGUUGUUGGUUUGUAAACAUCCAUCAUGGCCCUGUGUGUGAUUCCCUCAUAGAAAAGGAGAUUUGUUGUACAUCAGAGACAAAAAUAUGUUGAAAGGAAUCAGGUAAUUGAUUCUGGUGAUGAGUCACUUUCCCAUGUGUGGUUCAGUAUUUCCCUUAACAGCUAUUGAGCUUUAGGCAUAUCCCACAUGACUAGCACUAUAGUACAGCCCCAGAUCAGAGCCCAGACUAGGCUAUUCAUAAUUUAGUAUUUUUCUUAAUCGAGGGGUAUGUGGAUUCAUGACUCAUCUUCAAAACACUGGAUUAGUUGAUAAUUUGUGCAUGUUUGGCUAGAAACAGGACUGGUGGAAAGGGCUGAUGGUUUAGACUUUCAUUUGAGUCUGUUUGUUUUGUUUGUUUUUUCUCUGGUUGUGAGUUCUGUCAUGUGAUAAUAUAAGACAAUACAAGGAGAGCAUCUAUUGCUAGUUGCUGUCUCCCACGGAUAUUUGAAGUUUUAAAUAUAAUUUUUAUACUUCUUAACCGUUCCUUGUCUUUUGUCCAAGCUCAAUUUUAGACUUCUGACAAAAAUAAAGGUAAUAUAACUCUUGA